GUGCGCCCACAUCCGCGAUUGAAACUGUCCGGGGGAGUGUCACUGGCUAGAAGCACUUUCUUCCUGUUUCACUUCAAUGAACUUGUGAGUUAUUUCUUGUAAUUGUGUGAAUGUCGGGGAACAUUAGCUCCAUAAAAGUAAUCCAACCGCUAGCGAGCUACUUGCCAGCUGCUUCGAGCAGGCGCUUACUACCUCGGGCUUCCUGAACCAGGUAGCUAUAAUGUUGAUCAUUUCCACUCGAUAAAGACUUCGUGUUAGCAGCAGCUGGCUAGCUAGCUACUAACGUUAAGUUUGCUAGCCAGUUAUUAUGGACAAAGGUUAUGCGUUCGUUAGUAUCCGUACAGCUCAAAUGUAUUGCUAACGCAAGGCAGUGAACCAAAGUGCUGACAACAUCAGAUGAAUUAGGUAACGUUACAUUGAUUUCGAGUCUGCUUUUUUCCGGUCUUGCUGAAUAUUUACUUGCGAAGAUGACGGCGUGUCCAUAUGUACGGAGACAUCCCCGCCACUGUUUUGAGUGUUUUAGUUAUGUGCCACGUUCUGAGUGUCGUGGCUAACGUAACUACAUAUCGGUGGCUAUAUUGGUUUUGAUUUUGGACCGUAUUACUGUAACGUUAUGCCUUUUUAUUUUGGACCUUGAGACCCUGUAUUUUUUUCUGACAGUGUAAUGAAAGUGUCAAGUGAACCUAACUGACUAGGUAUUUGAACUGUAUACGUAAAGCAUAUUGUAGUGUAAACUGUGACUGUUGAGACAAACUUGCUGUGUGGAUUUGUGAGAAGUCUACUUUGUGAGAAGUCUAACUCGAAGUUCCAUUACAUUACACUAGUCGUUGGUCGAAGCGUCUUAUACCAUGCGGGGUUUUGUUAAGAGCCCCGACGCUCGGUCGGACGCUUCGCUUGCGGCACGGAAGCAUAAAUAACUUCUCGUUCAUAUCAGCGAUAAAAAAAAUUAAACGUUACACCUUUUUUUAUAUGGUUAGUGUUCCCACACCGCCAUAUAUCCGCGUUAUAGCGCGUGUUUGGAAGAAAGAGGGACUACCUGUGUUUACACAUGUAUGGCAUUCUCGAUACCUAAUAGUCACUGAAAACUACUGUCUGCAGCAACUGUGAUAAAGCCGGUUACAACAAAUUACAGUGUGUCUAUUUUGCGUUUGUGAAAUUAUUUUGAUGUGAUAUGAAAGUAAUUGGGCUUAAUGUCACAAGAACUGUAUUGCAAAUGAGAGUCAAAUCAAAUUGUAUUUGUUACAUGCGCCAAAUACAACAGGUAAGCAUUUCACUGCAAGGUCUAACUUACAAUCCCUUAACCAACAAUGCAGUUUAAAGAAAUAAAAGUAACACAGAAAUAAAGAGCAGUAGUAAAAUAAUAAUAGCGAGGCUAUACACAGGGGGUACUGGUACAGAGUCAAUGUGCGGGGUAAUUGAGGUAAUAUGGACAUGUAGGUAGAGUUAUUAAAGUGACUAUGCAUAGAUAAUAACAGAGAGUAGCAGUGGUGUAAGGGGGGGGACAAAGCAAAUAGUCUGGGUAGCCAUUUGAUUAGCUGUUCAGGAGUCUUAUGGCCAUAGGGUAGAAGCUGUUUUGAAGCCCCCCAGUGAUGUACUGGGCCGUACGCAAUACCCUCUGUAGUGCCUUGCGGUCAGAGGCCGAGCAGUUGCCAUACCAGGCAGUUAUGCAACCAGUCAUAUGUUCUGGAUGGUGCAGCUGCAGAACCUUUUGAGGGUCUGGGGAACCAUGCCAAAUCUUUUCAGUCUCCUGAGGUGGAAUAGGUUUGGUCGUGCCCUCUUCACGACUGUCUUGGUGUGCUUAGACCAUGUUAGUUUGUUGGUGAUGUGGACACCAAGGAACUUGAAGCUCUCAACCUUCUCCACUACAGCCCCGUCGAUGAGAAUGGGGGUGUGCUCGGUCCUCCUUUUCCUGUAGUCCACAAUCAUCUCCUUUGUCUUGAUGAUUUUGAGGGAGUGGUUGUUUUCCUGGCUAGAGGUCGACCAAUUAAUCGUCAUGGCCUAUUAAUUAGGGCUGAUUUCAAGUUUUCAUAACAACCUAUGUUGGUCUGCUUGAAACAUGUUGGUAUUACAGACUCAGACAGGGAGAGGUUGAAAAUGUCAGUGAAGACACUUGCCAGUUGGUCAGCGCAUGCUCGGAGUACAUGUCCUGAUAAUCUGUCUGGUCCUGCGGCCUUGUGAAUGUUGACCUGUUUAAAGGUCUUAUUUACAUCGGCUGCGGAGGACAUGAUCGCGCAUUCGUCCGGCACAGCUGAUGCUGUCAUGGAUGUUUCAGUGUUACUUGCCUCGAAGUGAGAAUUUAGCUCAUCUGGUAGGCUUGUGUCACUGGGCAGCUCUCACCUGUGCUUCCCUUUGUAGUCUGUAAUAGUUUGCAAGCCCUGCCACAUCCGGCGAGUGUCGGUGCUGGUGUAGUAUGAUUCAAUCUUAGUCCUGUAUUGAUGCUCUGCCAGCACAUUUAACAUUUAGAAAUGAGGUAAAACAGAUUUAAGUUUCCCUGCAUUAAAGUCCCCGGCCACUAGAUGCGCCUCCUCUGGAUGAGCAUUUUCCUGUUUGUUUAUGGCGAUGUACAGCUCAUUGAGUGAGUCUUAGUGCCAGCAUUGGUCUGUGAUGGUAUGUAGAUAGCUACGGAAAAUACAGAUGAAAACUCUCUAGAUAGAUAGUGUGGUCUACUGCUUAUCAUGAGAUACUCUAACUCAGGCGAGCAAAACCUUGAGACUUCCUUAGAUAUUGUGCACCAGCUGUUGUUUAUAAAUAUACAUAGACCUCCUGCCCUUGUCUUACCAGAGGCUGUUGUUCUCUCCUGCCGGUAGUGUAAAACCCCACAGCUGUAUGUUAUUCAUGUCGUCGUUCAGCCAAACAUAAGAUAUUACAGUCAUUGAUUUUUAGUUUCCAAUGAUUGCACGUUGGCCAAUAGAACGGAUGCUAGUGGGGGUUUACUCGCUCGCCUACGAAUUCUCAGAAGGCAGCCUGACCUUCACCCCCUUUUCUCUGUCUUCUCUUCACGCAAAUGACUGGGAUUUGGGCCUGUUCACGGGAAAGCAGUAUAUCCUUCAUGUCGGACUCAUUAAAACCUGUUUUGACUUAGGGGGCAGUAUUUUCAUUUUUGAAGAAAAAAAAAUAUUUUGUCAGGACAAGAUGCUAGAAUAUGCAUAUAAUUGACAGCUUAGGAUAUAAAACACUCUAAAGUUUCCAAAACGGUACAAAUAUUGUCUGUGAGUAUAACAGAACUGAUGCUGCAGGCGGAAGCCUGAGAAAAAUCCAAUCCGGAAGUUCCUCAUGUUUUGAAACCGCUGCGUCCCUAUUGAGCAGUGAAUGGGCUAUCAACCAGAUUACUCUUUCUCCGUAUUCCCGAAGGUGUCUACAGCAUUGUGAUGUAGUUUUACGCAUUUAUGUUGAAGAAUACCCGUAAGCGGCUACAUUGCGCAAGUGGUCACCUGAUGCUCCCAGAGAGAUUCUCGUGUAAAAUAAAGAGGUAUCCAUUACUCCAAUCGGUCCUACUGAAAAAAAUAAUUGUCCCGAUGGAUAUAUUAUCGAAUAGAUAUUUGAAAAACACCUUGAGGAUUGAUAAUAAACAACGUUUGCCAUGUUUCUGUCGAUUAUUAUGGAGCUAAUUUGGAAUAUUUUUCGCCGUUUUCGUGACUGAAAUUUCCGGGCGAUUUCUCAGCCAAACGUGAAGAACAAACAGAGCUAUUUCGCGGACAAAAAUAAUAUUUUUGGAAAAAAUGAACUUUGGCUAUCUACCUGGGAGUCUCUUGAGUGAAAACAUCUGAAGUUCAUCAAAGGUAAACGAUUUAAUUUGAUUGCUUUUUUGAUUUCCGUGACCAAGUUACCUGCUGCUAGCUGGACAAAAUGCUAUGCUAGGCUAUCGAUAAACUUACACAAAUGCUUGUCGAGCUUUGGCUGUAAAGCAGAUUUUGAAAAUCUGAGAUGACAGGGUGAUUAACAAAAGGCUAAGCUAUGUCUCAAUAUAUUUCAUUUGUGAUUUUCAUGAAUAGGAAUAUUUUAGGAAUAUUUAUGUAAGUUGCGUUAUGCUAAUUAGUGUCAGGCGAUGAUUAUGCUCCCUCAUGCGGGAUGGGGAGUCAUUAGAGGUUAAAGGAAAAAGCUUCUACCCAUUCGUGGUGAGUAAUCUCUGUUCUUGAUGUCCAGAAGUUAUUUUUGGUCAUAAGAGAUGGUUGCAAAAACAUUAUGUACAAAAUAAGUUACAAACAAUGCAAAAAAAACAAAAUAACAGUUGGUUAGGAGCACAUAAAACGUUAGCCAUCCUCCCCGGCGCCAUUCAUGUUUAGAUGGAGUAUUUGGCUGUUUUGGCUGCCAGAGCCAGUCUACCUGAAAAUAACAUAAGGCCCUUGUACUCUUAGCCUAGUUAAGGUCCAUCUUGGCCUACCCUGUACGCCUCAGAAAAAAAAACAUAUAAAUCCUAUCGUAAAUUCAUGAGAGAUUGAGGGUGUUGCCAAAGCCUAGUUAGUAGACCUCACCUUACAUGCUGUAUGGGUCUGUAUGUGUUUAUAAAGUGUCUUAGAGUAGGAGUGCUGAUCUAGGAUCUGUUUGACCUUUUAGAUCAUAAUGAAUAUUAUAAAACAGGUGGUUCGUGUCCUGAAUGCUGAUUGGCUUAAAGCCAUGGUAUAUCAGACCUGAUUGGCUGAAAGCCAUUGUAUAUCAGACCGUAUACUAUGUGUAUGACAACAAAUUACUUUUAACUGUUCUAAUUACGUUGCUAACUAGUUGAUAAUAGCAGUACGGCACCUCUGGGGUUUGUAGUAUUUGGCCAAUAUACCACGGCUAAUUGUUGUAUCCAGGCACAAUGUGUUGCAGCGUGCCUAAGAACAGCUCUUAGCUGUGGUAUAUUGGGCAUAUAUCACACUUCCUCUGGCCUUAUUGCUUAAAUAUUGCAUGGACAGUGGGACCUGAUCCCAGAUCAGCACUCCUGCUGAACGCCAAGGUAACUUAAAUGACUAUCGCCCCAAAGCACUCACAACUGUUGCAAUGAAAUGCUUUGAAAGGCUGGUCAUGGCUCACAUCAACACCUUUAUCCCAGACCCCCUACACCCACUCCCAAUUUGCGUACCGCCCCAACAGAUCCACAGAUGAUGCAAUCUCUAUUGCACGCCACACUGCCCUAUCCCACCUGGACAAGAGGAACAACUAUGUGAGAAUGCUGUUCAUUGACUACAGCUCAGCAUUCAACACUGUAGUGCCCUCCAAGCUUAUCACUAAAAUAAGUACCCUGGGACUGAACACCUCCCUCUGCAACUGGAUCCUGGACUUCCUGACGUCUUUUAGGCUGUGUUUUGUGUAGGCUUACCCUGGCGUGACGUUUUGAUUACCAUGUAAAUCUCUCUCGGAGAAGGUGACUUUUAUCAAUAUUUUCGGCUCUAUAUUUACCCUGAUUCGAAAAUACUAAUUAGCGUCAAUGUAAACAUCAUGCAAGACGACAAAUCCCUGCAAGCUCCUGCAUGUCAUCUUUAGCUGGCACCGUGGCUAACAGUUAUUGUGUCACUUUAAAACUUGCACAUUUUCCCCUAACCCAAGUCCCCUCCAGUACUCCCUGUUCACCCACAACUGCGUGGCCGGGCACGACUCAAACACCAUCAUUAAGUUUGCCGACCACACGACGGUGGCAGGCCUGAUCAUUGAUGACGAUGACAGCCUUAAGGGAGGAGGUCAAGAGACACUGCCAGGACAACAACCUCUCCCUCGAUGUCAGCAAGACCAAGGAGCUGAUUGUGGACUACAGGAAACGGAGGGCCGAGCACGCCCCCAUUCACAACGACUGGGCUGUAGUGUCCACAUUACUAAGGAUCUAUCUUGGUCCACACACACCAACACAGUUGUGAAGAGGGAACUGCAAUGCCCCCCCACCCCCAGGAGGCUGAAAAGAUUUGGCAUGGGCCCUCAGAUCCUCAAAGUUUUACAGCUGUGCUAUUGAGUGCAUCUUUACUGGCUGCUUCACCGCUGGGUAUGGCUACUGCUUGGCAUCCGACCGCAAGGCUCUACAGAGGCUAGUGCGUAUGGCCCAGUACAUCACGGGCCAGGCUCCCUGCCAUUCAGGACCUCUAUACCAGGCAAUGUCAAAGGAAGUCCCCCAAAAAUUGGCAGACUCCAGCCACCCUAGUCAUAGACUAUUCGCUCUGCUAUUGCAUGGAAAGUCUGGAACCUACGGGACCCUAAACAGCUUCUACCCCCCCAAGCCAUAAAACUGCUAAACAGUUAGUUAAAUAGUUAAACAACUAGCUACCCGGAUAAUCGGCAUUGGCCCUUUUUGCACUUUUGACUCCUCACCAACGCUGCUACUGUUUUAUCUGUCACUUUAUUCCUAGUUAUAUGUACAUAUCUACCUCAAUUACCUCAUACCCAUGCACAUUGACUCGGUACAGGUACCCCAUGUAUAUAGCCAAGUUAUCGUUACUCAUUGUGUAUUUAUUAUUAAAUGUUUUACUUUCCUAUUAUUUCUCAAUUUUUUUCUCUCUCUGUGUUGUUUGUAAGGGCCCGUGAGUAAGCAUUUCACUGGUAGUCGACACCUGUUGUUUACGAGGCAUGUGACAAAUAACAUUUUAUGGGCCCUGGAGUGGAGACUACAGUUUGGCUUCCUUUGUUCAUGUUUGGGAGAUAGGAUGUCACUCCAUCAAGAACAGUGUUGCCAGCCUGUGCUCCUGCAGCUCUGACUGCGAACAAGCUCUGAAUUAAUGAUGGGAGCCCUACUUCUGGUAGCCAAAUUCAGCUGCCUGGUCUCCUUACUGACAAAAGUUUGAGGCCACCGCCAUACACUGCAGAUCUCUCAUUUCAAUUGCAAUUCCAGUGUCAUUGAUUGAGCCCUAUACGACGUUGAGCGUCCCAACAUAAUACCGCCGCACCACUGCACUGUAACAUCAGCACUUCAGUUGUUUUUCUUAUAGCCUAGCCUAGCUCUUCAACCCCUCUUACAGCUCUUUCUUCACUGCACAGCCCCGGCUCAUGCCCUUCAAAUUUCUCUCAAGUUUGUCCCACUCAAACAUACCCUGACUCUUUAGUCACUCACUACUCACUCACUCUGUUCAUGAUCUUACCUAUUCAAAACCUCUACACUCCUUAUUCUUUUCUUUUUCUCCCCAAAACUCUUUAGUCUGGUCUGUCUUCCCUAACCCACUCUAUACAUCUUAACGCUUAACGUGUGUGUGUGUGUGUGUGGGGGGGGGGCAUCUAAGAGUCAUUGUGUUUACAGGUGUGGAGCAUGUGGGCAUCCUGCUGUAACUGGUUAUGUUUGGACACUGCUACGUUGGAGGAGAGCAACAGCCGCACGCGUCACCAGGCCUAUACUAACUCAGGCUAUAGCAACUACCCGUCGCCCCCACUCCCGGACCACACGUGCAAAGCCUGCGGAAGCCGCUUCGUCACCCUAGCCAGAAAGCAUGUCUGCAUGGACUGCAAGAAUAACUACUGCAGCAGAUGUUCGGCCCAGCUUGAGCCCCGUCCACGCCUUUGUCACACCUGCCAGCGGUUCCACGGCACACUUUUCGAUCGCACCGAGCUGAUGAAGGUCAAGGUGAAGGACCUGCGCGACUACCUCCACCUGCACAAGGUCUCAACGCAGAUGUGCCGUGAGAAAGAGGAACUGGUGGAGCUGGUCCUGGGACAGCAGACACAGUCACUCUCUGGCCCAAUCGUAAACCCUCUGACCCAAACCGCCACCCAGCACCCAACUCCUCCUCCAGCACACCCCACCACCACCACACCCUCUACACACCCCGAAUCCACCUCCACAGACCAUGCCCAUUCACAGCCGCCACCCACUCGGGAGGACAGUCAGACCGUGUCUGUGUUGGUGUCCUCGGGUCUUGAGGAGCCACUGGACACUGAGGGAGAUACAGAGCUGCAGGGAGAGCAGGAGCUGCAGUCCUCAGACACAGAGGAGGUGCUGGUGCCAGGCCGCAGGGCGUCGCUGUCCGACCUGGCCGUGGCAGAGGACAUCGAGGCCCUCAGCGUCCGGCAGCUCAAGGAGAUCCUGGCACGUAACUUUGUCAACUACAAGGGCUGCUGCGAAAAGUGGGAGCUAAUGGAGAGGGUCACCCGUCUCUACCACGACCAGAAGGACCUUCAGAAUCAUCUGGUUUCAAGUACAAACGACAGCACAGACCCCAGCGGUACCCCUGGCCAGGAGGAGAACCUGUGUAAGAUCUGCAUGGACUCUCCCAUUGACUGUGUCCUGCUGGAGUGUGGCCACAUGGUCACCUGCACCAAGUGUGGCAAGCGAAUGAACGAGUGUCCCAUCUGCAGGCAGUAUGUGGUGCGGGCCGUUCAUGUCUUUAGAUCCUGAGACCCAAGCCUUGGGAACCCCACCCCCACCUCCCGUAAAUAAACAAGGGACUUCCUUCUUGUGGCCUUACCACCCAUAGACUAGACGAGGGGUAUUAAACUCUUACCCUAUGGGGUCCGGAGCCAGCUGGUUUUCUGUUCUACCUGAUACUUAAUUGCACCUACCUGGUGUCCAAGGUCUAAAUCAGUCUGAGAUUUAGAGGGAACAAUUUAAAAAAGCAGUGGCACUGGCUUUGAGAUCCAGAGUUGAGUUUAAUAGGACUAGACUAACCACCUCUCCCUCCAGAUCUCCACUGCUCAGAUGGUCCUUGAGACCCUGAGUAGUGGUUCCUCCUGUUGGAGGGAUGAACAGAUGAGGUGAACCUCAUUAUCCCUUUGAUAAACCACACAAACCCAAUGACUGGACAUGGGCACUUCCUACUGUUAUUGACUGGACUUCUAUAGUUCAUAUCCCAAGCUGAUAAAGAUAUGUCUUAUUAUUAGAAUAAGAGAGCGCCUGUAUUAAACAGGCAAUACCAUAUUUAUUUAUUUUUCCUUUGGAGACCUGCAUAUAAACACAAACAUUUCAAAGAUUUUGCCGAGUUCCAGUUCAUAUAAAGAAAUUGGUCAACUGAAAUAAAUUCAUUGGGCCCUAAACCAUAGAUUUCAAAUUGCUGUAAAGGGGCGCCGCCAUAGGUUGGCAUAGGCCCACCCGAUGGAGAGCAAGGCCCAGCCAAUCAGAAUGAGUUUGUCCCCACAAAGGGCUUUAUUACAGACAGAAAUAAUCCUCAAAUGUUAGUGGCCUUUUAUUGUCCCUAGCACAAGGUGCGCCUGUGUAUUGAUCAUGCUGUAUAAUCAGCUUCUUGAUAUGCCACACCUGUCAGGUGGAUGGAUUAGCUUGAAAAAGGCAAAAAUGCUCACCCUCAGGGAUGUAAACAAAUUUAUGCGCACAAUUUGAGAGAAGAUUUCUUGGAUCUUUUAAUCAGCUCAUGAAACAUGGGACCAACACGAAACAUGUUGCGCUUAUAUUUUUGUUCAGUGUAUAUAUAAGCACCAAGUGCUCUUAAUAAUGGAUUAGAUUGAUGUAACUGUUAAGAGUUGAACCCCAGUAAAAGGGAAAGCAUUUACAUUAGUGGUUGAGCUGAGAACACAUCCAUAGGAUUUCCCUGUGUCUUGUCCUUACUCUGAGCUUAGCAAAGCAGGAACCCCCUGUGGUGGUAUAGUGUAAAAGACAACCCAUAGACACUACAUACAUUGUUUAUCAAUGAAGCAAAGCCGGCAGUUGUUCACUCAAUCCCUCUGCUGUAGAAUCAGGUGGACACGCAGUUUUAGUGCUUACGUUUUAGCCUGGUCCCAGAUCUGUUUGUGCUGUAUAGCCAACUCCUAUGGUUAUUGUCACGUCAAACCGAGAGUUCCCUGAAGGAGAGGCCCUUUUUCCACUGCAAACGGCACUAUCUGGCAUACUUUGUAGAAAGACACUACGGGGGCCGUACACCAACACACCACAAGGAAAGAUCACCGAGAAGGUGACGAGGGACAGAUAGGUCCUGAGCAGCGCAACAACCACAAAGGCAGAACUACUACCAGAGGCUUCCGACCAAGGGUUUUGCAUGACAUCGACCAUAGGAUUUGGUUAUACAGCACAAACCGAUCUGGGGACCAGGCUACUUAUGCUGACAGUGGAAGAGAAUAUGUGGAUCAGUGGUCCUUCACUAUUCCAACUAUAUACAAGUGCUUUAUCCUUCCAAUACUCAACUGCUCAUUGUAUUUUUCAGCAUCAACAUUGACCAAAGGCCAUUACACUUGCUAUUGUAUUUGUAUUUUUUUUAAAUAAACCAAAAUAAACCAUGUCAGAAUAGCCUGGUGUACAGCUAAAUCUAGUCGUGCAUAAGCAUAUAAUUCACUAGUUGUGCACUAUAUGCGUUGUCAUGACACACAUACAUAAAAGAUGAGUUGUCGAAAGCACAAGCAGAUCUUUGGCAUUGCCCAAGAUGAAAGUUAAAGCUCUUAAAGACAUCUCAGCCGUUUGGCUAGCCAAGUACCUUAACUCCACAAUGAGACUCGUUUUUUUAAACUAACCUCCGACUCUUUUGAGUUGCUAUGAGGUCGAUAAUUUUUUAAAUCAUUAAACCCUUACCGUGUACCUAUGUUUGUCCUCUGUUGCAUGCCUUUCAUUGUUUGCUGAAUACUUUUUAAUAAAACCAAAUACAACAA